GGCAGGCAGGCAGGCAGGCAGGCGGCUGCAGGAUCGAGGGGAACGCACGAGAGGGCAUCAUCGUUUGAUCUGGUGCAUCACUGCAUGUGCAUACUCCGUACAAAAUUCCAUGCACCUCACCACCGCCUUGGGCCUCUCGCACCGCUCUUCACGCAUUGUCUUUACAUAGUUGUUGAUACUGCUGCUCGGGAGAACGUCUGGUACAGAAUGCGCUCCCUUUUGCUCGGCUUCGCGGGCCUGGUGGUCCUGUGGCUCUCGUAUGUGCUGAGCAGCUGGAGGCGCAACCUGCAGAGAGCCAAGGCGAGCGGUAUCCGAUACUACAUCUCACCUUGCUCGCCAUGGUGGAUUCUCUGGCAGAUCACACAGACGCUCUGGAUACCUGCCAUCAAGCUUCUGCCCAAACCGCUAUGGGAGGCCUGGCUGCCUCCCUUGACCGUUGACUUCUCCUGGAAAUGGCGCCACGAGCACUUUGCCAAGUUUGGCGACACAUUCCUCCUGGUGCACCCCUUUGGCAUUCACAUGUUCACCGCCGAGGCGGGCGCCAUCAGCGCCAUCACCACCAGGCGGGAUCACUUCCCCAAGCACACGGCGCAGUACGACAUUCUGACCCAGUUUGGUAACAAUGUCCUCACGUCUGAGGGCCCGCUCUGGCGUCACCACCGCAAGGUCACCGCGGCCUCGUUCAACGAGCGCAACGCCGCCCUCGUCUUCAAGGAGAGCAUCCGCCAGAGUCUCGGCCUGAUCCGGUUCUGGGAGGAGACCAAGGGGCGCGGGGCCACGCUGCACACGGCGGAGCACGACACGAUGCGUCUGGCGCUCAACAUCAUCGGGUACGUGGGCUUUGGGCUCAAGCUGCCCUGGCCGCAGGAGAAGAUGCCCGCGGAUGCGGAUGCCAUGAGUGCCAAGUACGGCAGUGUCGAGCCGCCCCAGGGGUACAAGAUGAGCUUUGUCAACGCCAUGGCUACGCUGCUGGAGAAUGUCUUGACGCUGCUUCUCGUCCCUUCGUGGCUACUGUGGCUGAUUCCGUACGAGCCCACGCGCGAGGCCGUCCAGUCGCGCCACGACUAUGAGCAAUUCAUUGACGAGCUGAUUGAUGUUAAGAUCCAAGAAGCUGGUCAGGGUGAGCACACUGACGAGGGCAUGGACAUUAUGGGCCAGCUCGUGCGGUCCUCGUACGACGUCGACUCAGCGGGCAAAGCCAAGCUCAAGACCGGAACGAAGGCUGUCAUGGACCGCGACGAGAUCCGAGGCAACGCGUUUGUGAUGAUUGUGGCUGGCCACGAGACGACGGCCAACGCCAUCCACUUCACCCUCAUCCAGAUGGCCAGCUGCGCCACCUCGCAGCGCCGCCUCCACAAGGAGCUGGACGAGCUGCUGGGCGACAAGAACGUGGAGGACCUGGACUACGAUGAGUAUCUCAACCCUCUGAUGGGGAGCAUGGUCGGCGCCUGCAUGAACGAGACGCUCCGCGUGCUCCCGCCUGUCAUCGAGAUGCCCAAGAUUGUGACACCGAACCAGGACCAGCCCCUGGUGGUCGACGGCAAGAGCUGCGCUGUGCCAGCGGGCACCAUCAUCACGCUCUCGGCCGCCGGCGUGCACAUGAACCCCAAGCACUGGCCCGAGAAGCCGAGCCGUCUGCGGCCCGGCGAGAACGAUUUGCUGGACUACGUGCCCGAGCGCUGGUUCCGUAAGAGCAAGAGCGACGAGAAAUUUGAGGACGACGCGGACGAGGGCGAGGACUAUGGCGGUUUCAAGGGGCGGGACACGAGCGCAUCGCUGUUCCGACCGGAGCGAGGCGCCUACAUCCCGUUCAGCGACGGUGCGCGCGCCUGCCUGGGUCGCCGGAUCGCGCAGGUCGAGGUCAUCGCCGCCCUGGCCGUCCUCUUCCGCGAGUACAGCGUGGAGCUGGCGGUGGACGAGUGGGCGACGGAUGAGGAGGUGGCGGCGAUGGACCGGCCGCAGCGGCGGGCCCUGUACCAAAAGGCCAUUGACAAGCGCGACGCGACCAUCAGGGGGGCGAGCUCGCUGCUCACGCUCAAGCUGCGAGGGGACGAUGUGGCCCUGCGGUUCGUGAAGAGGGGCGAGGAGAGGUUUGUCGACUGGCUGGAGGACUGAGGCUCCUCGCUACGUACGUACAUAAUCACGAUGGACGCCACUCAAAUAGAACAAUGAAUCAAUCACUCCAUGGCAGUCAGCACGAGAAGAGCGAGCGGGGGACAUGACAUGCCCUCCGUCAGCGAGGGUGACAUUGCAGGCUGCUCGCUGUGACGGUGUGCAAUGAUUGGGCGCGCGUAGCAGGCGACGCGAAAUGAGACGAGGUCGACAAACUGGUGGAGAGAUCGCCAUGGAUGGUUUGGAGGAUCAUCUUGGCGUCCAAGCAGUCUAAUUACAGCGGCAAGCAAGGUACGGAGGACGAGUUCAAAAGUUAUGCGUUGCCAAGAAACUAGCCAUAGUUGGCGUCUAGCCCGAAGUAGCCCCCCGGG